AUGGCAGAUCUCCAAGGACGCAAGGUCUUCAAGGUGUUCAACCAGGAUUUUAUUGUCGAUGAACGGUAUAACGUUACCAAGGAGUUGGGCCAGGGAGCUUAUGGUAUCGUCUGUGCUGCCUCAAACGUCCAGAGCAAUGAAGGUGUGGCCAUCAAGAAGGUUACAAAUGUCUUUAGCAAGCGGAUUCUGGCCAAACGUGCCCUGAGAGAGAUCAAGUUACUACAGCACUUCCGUGGCCAUCGUAACAUCACCUGUCUUUACGAUAUGGAUAUUCCACGGCCAGAUAAUUUUAAUGAGGUGUACCUCUACGAGGAACUUAUGGAGUGUGAUCUUGCCGCCAUCAUUCGAUCGGGACAGCCUCUGACAGACGCCCACUUCCAGUCUUUCAUCUACCAGAUUCUAUGUGGGCUAAAAUACAUCCACUCUGCAAACGUGUUGCAUCGUGACUUGAAACCAGGUAACCUAUUAGUUAACGCCGACUGUGAGCUGAAGAUAUGUGAUUUUGGGCUGGCCCGUGGCUUCUCGAUCGACCCUGAUGAGAACGCCGGAUAUAUGACCGAGUACGUUGCUACGAGAUGGUAUCGUGCUCCGGAAAUUAUGUUGAGUUUCCCAAGUUACACCAAAGCUAUUGACGUGUGGUCUGUCGGAUGUAUUCUUGCCGAACUGCUUGGCGGGCGACCCUUCUUUAAGGGCCGUGACUACGUCGACCAGCUAAACCAGAUCCUCCACUACCUUGGAACCCCUAGUGAAGAGACACUCUGCCGUAUCGGCUCCCCACGCGCACAAGAGUACGUCCGCAACCUCCCACACAUGCACAAACAGCCCUUCGCCAGACUAUUCCCCAACGCCAACCCAGAUGCACUCGACCUUCUCGACCGUAUGCUCGCCUUCGACCCUUCGUCCCGUAUCAGCGUGGAAGAGGCCCUUGAGCAUCGCUACCUGCACAUCUGGCAUGAUGCAAGUGACGAGCCCAACUGCCCUACCCCAUUCGACUUCCACUUUGAAGUUGUCGACGACGUGCAGGAGAUGCGCCGUAUGAUUCUCAACGAAGUACAGCGUUUCCGCGACCAUGUGCGCCAACCUUCUCACAUCCAGGCUGCGCUUGCCCAGCAGCUACAGCCUCAGCAGACCAACGUGCCUAUCCCAGAGGAUAAAGGAGCGCAGUGGAGACAUGAAGAUCCUCGCCCACAGGAAGCCGUGUUCGACGGAACAAACGAGCAUGAUCUUGAAGCAUCAUUACAUAGAGGGAUGGACAUGAUUAGAUAA